AGCAUUGCGGUGCUUGUUCGUAUAGCAUGUUCAUCUGCUUUGAUUAUGUUUUUCUUUAUGCUCAGUUACUGAUAUACGAAGUACACACGCCGUACCAUGAAAUCAGACUUCACUGGAAUUCAUGACCUCAACACCUACGACAACAGUUUCAUAGAACGGUGCAAAAUGGCGAAGAAUUUGAUGCUUUUGAACGGGCAUGAUGGCGACCACGGAAAUAGCGUUGUUAUGGACUGUCGUUCUCACAUCGGCGGUAACGACACAGAUACGUGUGGUUCGGAUGCCACAGGUCUUAAAAAUGAUGCAGAUAUGUCGAAUGUUCAUAGCUUGGUACAUCAAGUAAAACGAGAUUUUCGCAUAGGGAGCGACGAUGCUAAACUACUCAAAACCUCUCAAAAGAGCGAGGUUCAGCAUUUGAAAGAAUUGUUGUUGUUAAAUCUCGACGUAAUUCAUCAGCAACAGGAUGAGCUUCGAACUAAAGAUCGGCAAAUUAGGGGAUAUCAACAAGACAAAGAAUCGUUAAAAUGUCGAUUGGUUCGUAUGGAACGGAGGAUCUCAGUGCUUCGACAGAAGGCGGUUAAACAGGAGAAACAUGCACAGGCUGAAGCUCUUAAGAAGAAAGCAGCGGAGACAGAUAGUUCCGUGCCAGCUUCUACUGCUGAGAAAGUCAUGCUUAAGACUAAUGAAGUGGAUCUAUCUCAGCCUUGUACAGUACCUGAGCCUUCAGUUGAAAUAGAAGCAACAACAGAACUUGCGCCCAGCACACCAUCUUUACCACCGGUGAAGGUUACAACUAGUAAAGCAACACAGACGGUCGCCUUAACUUCUGACACUAUCAGCAAGACUCGGAUGCGACCUCAUGUAUUGACUAAAGCUGGUAGAGGCAGGAAAAGGACCUACAACCGGGUGCAUCAACGUGGUGCGAAAUCCACAAGGCAGUCGACCCGAGGAGAACAGAGGGAGCGCAUUAAGCCGCAGUCCCGCCCUGCAGAAAAUGAGCCGGCGGUUGCAUGCCGACUGCGCAAGUCUGACUCGCUGAGUGAUGAGGAGAACAACAUCCUGCGUGCACCUGAGUACUACUCGUAUAGCAUUGAGACAGCCAACGGGGACAGUGUCAUUGAUAGUCAUAAGAAAAUGAUGGUUGAGAUUCCAACAUGGAGGUUACAUCCAUUACCUAGUUGCUACACAUUAGAAGGAACAGAAAAUAUAGACGACGAUAUAUUUCUUAAGAGGCACCAGAAGUUCGAAAUGGAUGAGAAACGCAGAAAGAGGUGGGAUAUACAGCGUCUAAGAGAGGCAAAAAUGUUGGAGAAAUUGGAGAGUGGACGGCAUGGAAACAAGGACAAACGUAGACACUCUGUGGAGCAUCCAAUAGAGUCUCUUUAUCCUCUUCCAGAUAAUGCUCAGGUGAUAGAAAUUUGUAACACGGUUCCAGUGGUAGCAUUUGGCUGUGUUAUACCCAAUUGUGAGCAAAGUGAAUUUGGCCUGCCUUGGCUACCAACUACUCAGACACAGCUAAGCCCAAAGAGGAAGAAGAGAAAGUAAUUCUCUUGGGUUCAAGAAGUGAUGGUGUACAGGGUUAUUUAAAGGUAGAUGGUUUGGGUGGUAAUCUCAGUGAGCUGGUUUGCAGGUGGCCACAGGUACUUGGGCCAUUUCAAUAAUAAAAUUACAGUAAAUAAUUACGAAUUAUAUUUACUACCAAAUUUCUCAUGCCUAUGUGCUCUAUGUCAUCUAAAAUCCCAUGUAAAUGCCAUUUAAUUAUUCCUUGACAAUACACAACUUAACAGUAUCGACACCACUGUCCCAGGGGUAGAAAUGAACUUUUGAACAAGGGAGUCCAACGGACUCCCUGCCCUCAAAAAGAGGGAGUCUGCAGCAAAAUGA